AUGGAUCGGGAGAAUAAAACUCCUGAAAAAAUCGAUGACAAGCUAUCCGAUUAUAUCAAGCCAGACAUCCUGUGCGACAAUAACAUCAACAAAAGAAACAAUUUCAUAGACACUUCGAGUCUCACUACGAGUCAUGAACACUUGAACCACUUGAACCAGAUUACAAAAAUUAUUAACCGUCAGUUGGAGUUUAUUGAGAGUACUAAAAGGCACAUUAUCGCUGAUCGGCUCAAAAAAUCAACGACCGAUGGGUCAUCAGUCUUGGCUGCCAUAGCUUCUCCCUUACAUGUUCCAUCAACCGCAAAUAGUCCCAAAAAUGUGACAGGAAAUCCCGAUAAUGAUGACAAUCAUAUUAAAAAUGGUGGGAUCAACUUGCAAAGCUCUAUUGAUGGAAAUAUGCCCAGGCAAAGUGAAUAUGCUAAUGCUUUCCAUAUUCCGGAUAGAAUUUUAAGAGUCAAUAAAGAUAUGGCUUUAUCCUUGAAUGUUAAGCCCACAGAUAGAUAUUUUGUGUUUUGGUUCACAUUAUCUUCAUACUUCCCAUUAUUUGCCUCGUGUAUUGGACCAUUGGCUAACAUGAUUUCUAUUGCUGCGUUAGUUAAUAAAUGGAGAGUAGAUAACAAUGGAAAUUAUAUUAAUGACCCUGCUUGGAUCAUCGUUGUUAAUUCAUUAAGUAUUGCUCUUGGAACGAUAUCUGAUCUUUCGUUAAUUAUGAAUUUUUCAAAAAAUUUGAAUUAUAUGGCCGCGCAAAUAAUUUCCAUUAUUGGAUGGUUCGUUGCUUCGAUGCUCUUAGUUGCCAUUAUCAUUGCCGAAAAAGUUUAUCUUCGGAGCCCUGCCUACUCUGAUGGGAAAGUACACCAAACCGAAGGUUUUUACUAUGCAGUUCUCACUGCGUUCCUUUAUUUUACUAACUCUUUUUUUCUCUUAUGCAAUUUCUCUGGGUAUCUUCUCAAGAAAUAUAAUGAUGAAUUCAAUCUUAGUACUCAACAGCGGGGUUUGAUUUUCUAUGUGGUGAUAUUCGCGAUUUAUUUAUCGGCAGGUUCAGGAAUUUUCACUAGACUCAUGGAUAUCACAUAUGGGACUGCACUUUACUUUUGUGUGGUUAGUGUCACUACUGUCGGUCUAGGGGAUAUUGUUCCGGAAAGCGUUGGGGCGAAAGCUUUUUUGAUGAUUUAUGCAUUUUUCGGGCUUUUAAUAUUGGGGUUGGUUGUUUCUACCGUUAGAUCAAUGGUUUUUGGUAAUAAUGAUCCUAUAGUGUUUUGGAGUCAGGUUGAGAAACGCAGGAGAAAAUGGUAUGAAAGAUAUUGUAAAAUAAUUCAAAAGAAAUAUGAGCAACAAUUGCAAAGCAAGCAAGAGGUGCUUCCAUUAGAACAAAAAUUAGGAGGCGAAGCAAGUAAAGAAGAAGAAGAAGAAGAAGAAGAAGAAGAAGAAGAAGAAGAAGAAGAAGAAGAAGAAGAAGAAGAAGAAGAAGAAGAAGAAGAAGAAGAAGAAGAAAAUAAUGAAGGUGAUAAAGACUGUGAACACAAAGAUGAAAGAGAAGACAAUGAUGAGCACGAAGAAGGUGACGAAGAAGAAGAAGAAGAAGAAGAAGAUGAUGAUGAUGAUGAUGAUGAUAAUGAUUAUGAUGAAGAUGGUGACUACGAUGAAAGGGAAGAAGAACAAGUAAAUCAUGAUCACAAAAGUGAAGAGGCUGGAUAUAAUACAAUGAUUCAUAAUUCUGGCUCAUCUUUGAAAAUUAAGAAUCCAAAUGAAAGCUACAAAACAGGUGCAGAAACAAAUGAUGAAGAUUUAGGCAAUCUUCAUAGAGUCAAUUAUCAUCAGAAAAAACCUAAAAGCAAAAAAAAACAUCUUGAUGAAAAUGAAGUCAUUGAAUAUAAUGGUGAUCCGGAAAAUAUAAAUAACAGUAACAGAUUGCAUCAUGAUAUAUUGCAUCAUGAUCUUCACCAUCAUUCCAACAAUCAUAAGAUUAAAUUCGAUGAAGAAAAUUUCACCGAUGAAGAUAUGUUUAAACUUAUGGAGCUAAUUCGAAGAAAAUCACAUAAUUUCCAGCGUUUUCUUUCAUUGUUUGUGGUUCUGGGGGUUUUCAUCUGUUUUUGGCUUGUUGGUGCGUUAGCAUUCAAGGAAAUGGAAGGCUGGUCAUAUUUCGAUUCUGUCUAUUUCUGCUUACUUUGUUUGCUCACCCUUGGUUAUGGUACUCCUUCACCGACUUCUGCAUUUGGUAAAUCAUUUUUUGUAGUGUGGGCACUUGGAGCCAUCCCAUUGAAUACCAUUUUGAUUUCUAAUAUUGGGGAUACUUUAUUUAUCAUUUGUGUGGAUUAUUCGGAUAAGUUUAUGGAAUUUAUACUUUUCAAUGUCGAUUAUGGCAAAAUUGUUUCGUUUAGGAAACACGGAGAAACCAUCAAUGAUUUAGAGUCUGAUAUUGGAUGUACGCGCUCUAAUUUUUCUCAUUCAAGCAUAGCCACUGCCAAAUUAAAAGAUGAGAAAGAUUCAGCACUUGAUCAACUUGCCAACAUCAAUGACCAGUUGAAAAGUGUGGUGACUCAGGAAAUUCAGAUGACUUCAAAUUCGAUUGUAGACGAGGAAGAAACAUUUGACAGACUUGAAGAAGGGUUUGAUAAGCUUGGGGUGGAUUCUCAUUUGCUGAAGGUGCUCAUAGAUAACAUUUCCGACUCAUCCAAGAAUAACAUGAGGAUUUUGAAAUCAAUUUUGAAAAAUCAGCGGGAUAUUCUCGAUUUGGUAGAAGUUUUGGGUGCAAUUGAGAUGUUACUUGAAAACCAAACAACAUCAGGCCUGGAUAGACCUACAAUUCACACAUAUAAAGAGUGGAUGCAUUUGAAAAGAAUGGUGGGCACUAUUGCAAAUUCCGAAAAUGAGUUGCCUGAAAAUGAGAAAAUGUUUUGGAUUAGUGAGAAGAGUCCGCUUAAGUAUCCUUUGGAUGAAAAUAAUUAUUUCUUGUAUCGUUAUAUUAGGGUCUUAGAUAUUAAGAUGAGCAAAGUAUUGAGUAAUCAUGUUCAGAAUUACAAUGAAUUUUUGCAAAAUGCUAAAAGUCAUCAUGAAAGUUUUAAAAAGGAGAUGAUGUGCUUGAAAGAUUUGGCUGACAAAAAGAUGAAGACUGUGUGA